UCUCUCUCUCUCUCUCUCUCUCUCUUAUGAACAUUACAGAAGCAACAAAGGUUACCGCUUUAUUACUAUUGAUCCUGUUGGGAAGAUGUCUCUACUAUCAGAUCUUGUCAACUUGAAUCUCUCUGAUACAACUGAGAAGAUUAUUGCAGAAUAUAUAUGGAUCGGUGGAUCUGGUAUGGAUGUUCGCAGCAAGGCUAGGACUCUUAAUGGAGCAAUUACUGAUCCUCAAAAGCUUCCAAAAUGGAAUUAUGACGGUUCAAGCACAGGCCAAGCCUCUGGAGAAGACAGUGAAGUCAUCUUACACCCCCAGGCAAUAUUCAGGGACCCAUUUAGGAGGGGCAACAACAUUCUGGUGAUGUGUGAUGCUUAUACACCAGCUGGAGAACCAAUUCCAACAAACAAGAGACAUAGUGCUGCAAAAAUUUUCAGCCAUCCAGAUGUUGUUGCUGAGGAACCUUGGUAUGGGAUAGAACAGGAGUACACCUUAUUGCAGAAACAAGUGAGAUGGCCAAUUGGGUGGCCUGCUGGUGGUUAUCCUGGACCUCAGGGCCCUUACUACUGUGGUGUUGGUGCUGAUAAGGCCUUUGGCCGUGACAUUGUUAAUUCUCAUUACAAGGCAUGUCUUUAUGCUGGGAUCAACAUUUCUGGCAUCAAUGGAGAAGUGAUGCCUGGCCAGUGGGAAUUCCAAGUAGGCCCUGCUGUUGGCAUCUCUGCUGGAGAUGAGUUGUGGGUGGCUCGUUAUAUUCUUGAGAGGAUUACAGAGAUUGCUGGAGUAGUCCUUUCCUUCGACCCUAAACCAAUCGAGGGUGAUUGGAAUGGGGCUGGUGCUCACGCAAACUACAGCACAAAAUCCAUGAGAAGUGAUGGCGGUUAUGAAGUCAUAAAAAAGGCCAUUGAAAAGCUUGGAUUAAGGCACAGAGAGCAUAUAGCUGCAUAUGGGGAAGGCAAUGAGCGUCGUUUGACCGGUCGACAUGAAACAGCUGACAUUAACAACUUCUUAUGGGGUGUGGCAAAUCGUGGAGCCUCAGUUAGAGUUGGUAGGGAGACAGAGAAAGCUGGGAAAGGCUAUUUUGAGGACAGAAGGCCUGCUUCCAAUAUGGAUCCUUAUGUAGUCACGUCCAUGAUUGCAGAGACUACUAUUCUAUGGAAACCAUAAGGGAGAGAGAAGCUACAUUCUUUUCUGGUUGAUUUUCCUGAAGGGGAAACUUGGACAAUUUUCCUUUGCUCUCUUUUGUUCAACCUCAUCUUCAGUGUAGUAGUUUUUCCUUGAUUGUUAUGGUUGUAUGGGCAAGGAUUUCCUUCCAUUUAAUAACAUAGGAGACAGAUUAUAAUAAUUGGUUGUCCUUUUUUUGGUUAAAUAAAGAAAAUUAAUAUUCGAAUUUCAAGAGAAAUUGAUAAA